CGUCGGGAAGAGAUCUCCUACAUGAUCGAGGAUCUGGACGCUAUCGAGCCGGCGCCUCUCGAGUCUCAGAGAACGCCAACGACCCAGAGAACCUGCAGCUGCGACACGGUCGACGCGACAGAGAACCGGGAUCGUAGAGAUCUCCGCAAGUACCGAAGCAUCGACCCUAGAUGGACCGACAGUAGCUUCCUCUCUCCCGACGACGCGAUCCGGGACCUGAAGAAACGCGCCAGCGACGGAACCGAGUUUCGAUGGGCUCUGCACACGUCCAGCACCGAUCUGGACCUGGCCAAGAAGACCAGAUGCAGUUGUCACAGCCUGACACCGGAGGAGAAGAAGUCGCAGGACGUCCAGCGAGGCGAUCUCAGGAAGCACCACAGCGCGGAAACGGACAAAUGGUCGAUCAAGCCGGAUUACUUGAAAACGCCGAUGCACGAUCUGAGGAAGCACAGCAGCGACGACACGAGAAUGGCCAGGGAAGCCAGGUGGUUGCAGGUUCCGGAGGUGUUGCCCAAUCCGAAGCCAAGGUGCACCUGUCCAAAGUCGAAGGUGCUGCCACCUUCGCCGGCGGUGGAGCCGCCGGAAGCAGUGGAACCGGAGAAACCGAGGUUACAGGAACCGGAACGGAAGCUGUAUCAUUCAGCCUCGUUAACGGUGGAGCGCAAGGAAGAGCCGACUGCGCAGCCGGCUCCGGAGAAACCGGAACUGAAGAAGCACGCCAGCGAGGAUACAAGGCUAGUGAGAACCGAGAGGGUCAGGGAGAGACCGAAGCUGGAACGAUCUCACGCGAGAGUCGACAGUCAAACGUCGAAGAAAUGGGGCGUCCAGGAGAAGGUGAAGGAGAAGGUGACCAGUCCCGACGAAGGGAAGAAGGCUCGUUCGAAGUGGGCGAUGAAACCGCACUUCUCCUUGCCGGUCGAGAAGAAAGACUCGAAAUGGAAGAGUCAGGAAUCGACGGAAGGAUUCAAGAGCAAGAGUCUGAAGGAACGGCCAAAGUACAGCAUUCGAAGGAGCAUGUCACCGGAACCGGAUCCUCGUCAGAUGACCAAACUGGAGAACAGAAUCGUGCGAAGGUUGAUAUCCCCGGAAAUCACGAUUACAGGCGCGAAAUGGGCUCCGUACGAGGACGCUUCUCCUCUGCCGACGAUCGGGAUGAAGAAACGCGAACCGAAGCACAUCAGCGAGAUCAAAUGGACUCCCUACGACGGUUCACCGACGGAAGGUGGUGGCGGCGGCGGUAGCUUCGCGGUUCAGGAGCCGGAGGAACCGAAAUCCUGGUCGCCCUUCCACAACGUCACGCCCACGCAUCAUCCGCCCCCGGAGGCGACACCUUGCAAGAGCGACGACGAGGACUUUCGAUGGAGAAUCCUUAACCAGGUUUCCGCGUUCCCGAUCUAUCAAGGCGGCUGGAAGGACGAGUCCCCGGAGAGAACUCCGCCGAAGAAGGUACAGUCCCCGGUGGAUCUGUCACCGCCUAUAUGGUCACCUCUGGUUCCUACGACUCCCGUGAAGAGGCAGAGAUCGCAACAGCAGCAAUACUCUCCGCAACCUGUUCAGAGGAAGAGCAUCGUGAAGAGCCGCGUAAUGUCGAAGAGGAAGGCUCUUAGGGCGAGAUCGGAGAGCAGUCAUCAGAGCGAGGAUAGAUUAAUACCACCUACCGUGAUCGUUCGCGCGGCUAGCGAGGAAGCAAAGGGCCGACAGAGACCGCAGUUGACGAGAUCGAAGGCUUUGUUAGAGGUUCCCGUGACGAUGGGGAUUACCAAGAGAUCGUUAAGCGAGGAGGUGCCUCGUAUGCGAGCUCGUGAACGGGCACGUGGCCCUAAUAGAGCGCACAGCGAGGAGGCGCCCAAGUACGAGGACCCGUGGUUUACUAACGACAGCUUGGGAACCGAGGCGACCGAGUUGCGAGAAUACGUGACGACGGUUUAAGUGGGGACGGUAGAAACGAUUGACGGUACUCGAAAUCGAAGCGAAGGUAUUUUAUAAUUAAUUUCCUCCCCUCGUUUGUCCGUGGACGGACGAAAGAGGGGAGGCGUUUCUCAUGGUUAGCCCGAUUAGAUGUUUUGUACCGGCGUAGAAGCGAGAUAUGUACAUUAAAGAGAAAUUUGCGUGCAACUGCGAUGACAAAAUUAUUUUCGUCUCCGAGCCGUUCACUUUGUUCAAUUGCUGCUUCUGCUUCACUCAUCGUCGACGCGUGACAGAUAAGUAGCGCGCUGCGAAUCGUACAGAGACCGUGGAUUCACGAGAGCGAACCAACGUUAGGAGAAAAUAUUACGUCGAACGUUUAUGGGUAAGCUCUCUCUCUCUCGAGAGAGAGAGAGAGUUAGAAAGAAGAAAAAAGAAACUAAUGGAAGAGGAUAAGGGGUUAAGGCGAUGGGAAGAUGAGGUUGGAACCUCGCGACGACCAUCGACGCUCGCGCAAAUUCCAUAUCGUUGGCCUACGAAACGAAGACUACGAAUCGAAAGUUUUCUAUCGCACACCCGAGAGAAAACGUUGUAGUAGUAGUAGUAGUUGGAAAGUCAACGAUUCAAUCUGUAGAAAAAAUUGUGAGAAGGCGACAAAGAUGUUAAGCUGAGGGGGACGAGCAAACGUCGAGACAAGGGGCUAAGUUGCGAAGCGAGUUCACCCAGCGUAGAGAUAAAUAUUACACGUUGGAGGACUCGAGGGACAGAUAUCACGGCAGCCCUCGUGUGAGCGUUCUUCUGAUAAACGAGGAACGAUUUUCGGCUCAACGAUACUGAACUAUUUCAGCAACACUGAGCACCGAAAAGUACAGCUCGACGCGUUAACGGUCGAACGUAAUAUUCGAUUAAACGAUACAUCCGACUUAACGAUAAUAAUACGAGCUUAGAUCUUUAAGUAUAGUAGAUAUAAAUACCGAAUAAAAACGAAAGGAGAAAUUACCAAGAACUGUGCGGUUUGCGUGUUGCUGGUCCGAAGAGCGGGCAGAUGGAUAGAGGAGUUAGGCUGAUGGAAAGUCUUAGGGAUGAAAAGGUCGAUGAAACGAACGAUACGAUUCGAGUGCAUGGUGAAGAGUUAGAGGAGUAAAUCGGUCUGGUUGGAGGUACGAGACGAAGGUACGAAGUUCGUUUGGUGAGUCGUCGGAGCUCGACGAGAAGGACACCUUUGUUACACAUUCCUUUCUGUUUCCGCGAACGAGAAUAAUAGCGUGAACGACCCGUCGUAUAGUGAAUAUAGUGGGCCCCUCGGUGGGUCUCGGAUGGAUCGUUCGCGAAUGCAUAAUACGCAUAAUUAAGUUCAUACGUGAAUUAAUCUGGGGGCCGCUAUCUGACGGCUGAGUUGAGGACGACAUUUAGCAGCCCCUGUGUGCCGGCGCGUGCAAUACUAAUUAGGAUUACAUUUACGGUUCAUUGAAUAGCCACUUAAGGAUGGGGUACUAAGGUUAAGCGAAAGAAAAACGCAAUUAAUCCACGUUAUCGGCGGCUGCACGUACUUAUUAAACGACUACGGUAUGUUUUCUCAGUAGCGAACUUUUUCCAUUGACUGGUCACCGUGGAAUCGACGAACUCGCCGCUCGUCGAGGAUUUUCGAGUACUGUAUACAUACUGUAAACGCAUAUGCUCUCUGUACACACGUUCGUCGGUCUCCUUGCGGCUUCUCUCGCCGCGAUACUCGAUCGUUUUAGAUUUUUGAUAUUAUUGCAAGGAUAUUCGGACGUAUCUCUGGUGGCGGAGGAAGCCUCGAUUGAAAGUGCAUUUUGUAUUUCGAUUUCAAUGCAUCGCGAUCAUCCGUCGGUCUGUGCUACACACCGACUAAUCAGUGCUUCGAACGUGUCAUCUACGGAAACAUUAAUACGGUAACAAUUUCACACCGGCAUCUUACUCACCGAGCACUUGGCACGCGUGUUACUUUGUUAUUAUUCAUUCCCGUUAAUCGCAAAGUAAUAUGUACGUUGACUGCUGCCAAACAAAUCCGAACA